GUUGUAUUGUAACACGCUUGACACUGAACUGUUGGCGCUGGAUGUGGACUGUCAGUUAGCAAACACCCUCGUCCACCUUGAAGAUGUGGACGUUUUAAUGAAAUCAUGACACACAUAUUAGACUGUUACUAAGGAUAAUAUAUUUGACAGAUUGUGCUCUGACUCUGGUGAUUCUGUCACUUGUUUAAGAGUUACGUAUAAGCUACGUUAGCUUGUUAAAUUCAGCAAGCUAAUAUAACUAGAGCUAGCUACUCAGCUAGCUACCUCAGCUUACAUCACCUUUUCUACCGUUUCUGCUGUAAUGGAUGAGGAUUUUCUGCUCGCCAUACAGCUACAGGAGCAGUUUGACAAUGAAUACCAGACGUCAAUAUUUCCAUCGAACGGCUUCGGGGAUAAAGGCCUCGGACAGAGUAGUAAGAAACGAAAAGUGGAGGUAGCUGGAGGUAGCAGUGAUGUCGUUCCCUCCUGGAAGCCGGCUGUCCAGCCGGAGAGGCCGCUGUCCAUCGUAGACGAGUCCUGGGAGAUGCUGGACCCCAACCCCGAUGUCAGAGCCAUGUUUCUGGAGUUCAAUGAUAUGUUCUUCUGGGGCAAACUCAGCGGUGUAGAGGUUAAGUGGAGCCCGAGAAUGACACUGUGUGCUGGUGUGUGUUCCUAUGAGGGCCGAGGUGGACUGUGUUCAAUCAGGCUCAGUGAGCCUCUGCUGAAGCUUAGACCGAGAAAAGACCUGGUGGAGACUCUCCUUCAUGAAAUGAUUCACGCGCUGCUGUUUGUGACGCAGAACAACCGAGACCGAGACGGUCAUGGCCCUGAGUUCUGCAAACACAUGAGCCGGAUCAACAAGGCCAGCGGGACAAAGAUUACUGUCUACCACAGUUUCCACGACGAGGUCGAUGUGUACCGGCAGCACUGGUGGAGGUGCAACGGGCCCUGCCAGAACCGCAAGCCCUACUUUGGCUACGUGAAGCGGGCCAUGAACCGGGCCCCAUCUGCUCUGGACCCCUGGUGGGAGGACCACAGGAGGACAUGUGGGGGGACCUACACCAAGGUCAAGGAGCCUGAAGGAUACGGCAAAAAAGGCAAGGAUGGUAAAAAGGACGGGAAAACCUCAGGGAGUAAGGCCUCAGGAAACGGAAAACCUUCAAGUGCACCUACAGGAGGUUCCAGAUCACAGGACAUAAGGAACGUUAUCCCAUUCAGUGGCAGAGGUUUCCUACUCGGAGGGGAAUCUCAGUCCUCAACGUCGUCCUCCCCAUCUCAGAAACCAGUAGUGCCUGUUGUGAAAACAUCCUCAUCCAGCCCCAUCUCCUCUCUAAACAAACUCUGCAACACUUCAUCUCCAGCUAAAAGUCUCAGUUCUCCUGCUCGUUCCAGCCUGGAUAAUGAAGGACUCUCUAGUGCCUUCACCUCCGUCAGACCAGCUUCCUCCACGGGGCAGAAGCCGCCUAUAAAGAGGUCUGUCAGUAACACAAGGGUUUUUGUCAACAUCAACGGCUCGCCAGUGAGAAUCCCUAAACCCCACAGCAGCAGCAGUAGCCAGCAAGCAAACAAAAUCAAACAGAGGUCCAUUGAAGACCUCUUCAGCAGCACAAGCUUCAGGAAGUCAGUGAGUUGGUCCUCCACCUCAAACACAGAACCUAAAAGAGACUCAUUGAGUGCUACCUCUGUACCCACCCAAAGCACCCACUCAGCGUCCUCUCCCACAACAUCUGAGCCUGGCCCUGGUAGGUCCAGUAAGUGUUCUUCUGUGGUUUCAACUGGAACCAAGGACAGCCCUGCUAAACCAACGCAGUCCAAGUAUUUCGGUGACUCUCAUGGUGCCAAUCCAUCAGGAGCUGCUGGUGCGGGUCAGGCAUCGAGGAAGAGGCCGCGGGACCACCGCGGCAGCUCAGCCACCCUCUUUGACUUCUUCCAAAAGACAUUAAGCGGCGAUUCAGCAGCUUUGAGGGAGUCGAUAAAGUCAACAUCAUCUGCAGUGCAGCAAAGAACUGCCACCGCCUCCUCGUCUUCCUCCUCUACCUCCUCGCCCCCUUCCUCUGCAGAAGUGCACGGGUUUUCUUCCUCCUCCUCUUCCUCUGCACUGACGGUCAGCUGUCCCGUGUGCCAAGCGAAGGUGCAGGAAUCAAAGAUCAACGAGCAUCUUGAUUCCUGCCUCUCCUGAAUGAGGAGCAGCAGCAAAAGGGAUGUUGCAAUAAAACCAGGGAGCAAAUAAUUCAGUUAUUCAAUAAAAUGACAAAAAUGUCCAGAGAGGUUUCAGGCAGUGUUGCGUUUAGAGUUUUUCAGCUUAACUUUGAGGUCUUUGGUAUUUGGUGAAUGACUUUUCUUCUGAUUUGAGAAAAAUGGUCGGACACUGUUGAAUCAUUUUCUGUGUUUGUCUGGAUUAACUCACUGUAAUAAUGAUAAUUGUUCUCUCACGGGUGCCUUACUGUAACAGGAGAGCAGCAGAGUUUAAAAGAAUGACGUCAGUGAAUUGGCUUUUACUCUUUUAAUUGUGUCAUUUUCAUUAGGCAAAACAAAGAAUUAAAAAUCCAGUGAAAGGAGAUAAAUAUUUCCAUUUAAACAUGCUUCCUAUGUUGAAUAUUGAAAGGAUAACACAUAUCACUUUUAAUCAUAAAGCUCAGUUCUAUGAAAAAUCUUUUCAAAGUUGGAGCCCACGUGUUUAUUUAUUAUGUUUUAUUAUUAUUUUGGGCUCUAAAU